AUGCGGACUCCCCUCGAAACUAUCUUCAUCUAUCUGGCAAAUACCAUCGAUACGCGGAAUUGUGGUAAACUGAGGAAAAUCAUGCAGAAAUUCGGCUAUCCCGAGAGUUUCACGCAAAUCGGGCCUCAGGUCCACGAUGAGAUGAUAGUGUGCGUCACUGACAAAUGGUCGGUAUCCGAGACUUUCAGAAUGACCAACUUAAUAAAACAGGGUUGCGUGCUUCGUCCCAUCCUCAGUCUCAUGUUCCCUACCAUGCUGAUGGACGCCUAG